AUUGAAGGAUGACUUUGAGCGGACAGUGAUCGACGACAGCCGGGAAGCUGGCAUCCCUAUGGAGAUCAUCGUGGGCAAGAUGUUCAAGCUGGAGAUCUGGGAGACGCUGCUCCGUUCCAUGAGAGCCGGGGAGGUGGCCGAGUUCUGGUGCGACGCCAUUCACACGGGCAUGUACGCCCUGGUCUCCAGGGGCAUGCGGAGGAUCGCGGAGGGACGGGACCCCCUGGAAGGGCAGAAGCACCGCUGUGGCAUGGGCAACAUGUUUGACUACCACAGCACCGGCUAUGAGGACCUGGACGAGUUGCAGCGGACGCCGCAGCCCCUCAUCUUCAUCAUGGAGUUGUUCCGGGUGGAGGAGCCCUGGGCGUACAAGCGUGACACCUGGGCCAUGAGCAAGGAGGAGAAGCUGGCGGCGGUGCCCGUGCUGCACAGGGAGGGCAACCGCCUCGUCCUCCGCAAGGAGUUUGGGCAGGCAGCGGAGAAGUACCAGGAGGCUGUCAUCUGCCUGAGGAACCUCCAGGCCAAGGAGAAGCCGUGGGAGGAUGGCUGGCUGAAGCUGGAGAGCCUGGUCACGCCGCUGGUGCUCAACUACUGCCAGUGCCAGCUGGAGCUGGGCGAGUACUACGAGGUGCUGGAGCACACGACAGAGCUCCUUCAGAAACACAAAGACAACGCCAAGGCCUAUUUCAAGCGGGCAAAGGCCCACGCAGCUGUCUGGAAUGAGCGGGAGGCACGGGAGGACUUCCUGCGGGUGGCUCACCUCGACCCCUCCAUGGCGGCUGCUGUGAAGAAGGAGCUGAAGCAGCUGGGUGAGAGGAUGAGGAAGAAGCACGUGGAGGAUCGGAAGCGCUACCAGGGGCUCUUCCAGCCGCCCCGGCGGCCACAGGCCAGCGAGGGGCAGGAGAGCGGGGAGGUCAGUGAAGAGACGAUGCUGCGGGAAGAGGCACUUCAGGGUGAGGUUGGGGUCCCGGAGACCCCAGGGCAGGGGGAAUGGGGUCCAGGGACCAAAGAAGAAGAACAACCAGGGGAUGACCAAGCAGAACAAGGGACCCCCAGGGCUGAGUGUAAAGGAGCAGCACCAGGAGGAGAAGCAGCCCAGGGGCAGCUGUCGGAGGUGAAGGUGGAAGAGAGGGAUGAGAUGGGACAGGGGGGAAAAGAAAACCUGGACACCUCCAGCGACGACGGCCCCGUCCCUGUCCUCGCAGCAAGCCCUGUUUUGGGCAGGAUGCGGCACCUGGGCACGCAGCCCUGCCCCAAGGGCUCAGGCAUCUCGUCCCCCUGCAGCCUGUGGCCCCAGAGCACCGGGGCCACCUCGGCCUCCGCUCUGGGGCACCCCAACAGCACCUGA